AUGGUUCUGCUGUUUAUUGGGAACAUCGAAAAGAAUCCAGGCCCAACAUGCAAGUUCAAGUCAUGUGGUUUUUUUACUGAAACUAUUGCAAGUUGUGUGCGGCACCAGUAUUACCAUUCAAGAAGCAGUAAUUUUAUGUUUUACUGCCCUUCUCCGGAGUGUAUAUAUGUUUCAAAAUCUUUCAAUGCCCUGAACUAUCAUGUAUCAAUGUUCCAUAGAGAAAUCAAACAUCAAAAUCUAGAAGACCCUGAAGCUGACAAGAAACUACCAUGCACAGUUUUAGGAUGCCCCCAAACAAUGGAUUCUUUUUGGAGUUUGGUACAACAUAUUUGCGUACACUUGGAUUCUGGUUCUCCAUCGAGUGGUGUACGAUGCCCAGUUGAAGACUGUCGCCAUCCCAGCCUCUUUCUUAAAUCUAAAACAUUACGAGUUCAUCUUAGUCAAUAUCACCAAGGAUGGCGUGAUGAGGGUGCCCCACCAUCUAAGAGGAAGAGAGUUGAUAAAAGCAGUACAGCAGGAGACAGCCAUUUCACCGAAAGUUUUGGCUGUGGUGUCAAUCAAGGUGGUUCUGGUGAGGACAUCAGAGAUGAUGUCAAUGAUGAAGAAACAGAAGAUUGGGAAUUGCUUAACGAUGACUUAAUUGUGGACAAAAUUGCAAAAUUCUAUCUUCAACUUUAUGGGGAAUUCUUUUUACCAUAUGAAACUAUUCAAGAAAUUUGCAAUGGCAUUUCAUUUAUUUGUGGUCUUAACAAUUUGAGAAUGAAAAAAAUUAUGAGAACUGGUUUGGAAACCCUUGGUGUAGAGCAACUUCAAGCAAAUGAAUUAUGUUAUAAGGUUUCAAGUGCUGACAUUUUAUUUACUACUCAUCAUAAAAAUGCUCCUGGUCCAAGCUUCACUUCAGAUUACCUUAGGAAAGAAUAUUUCAAGAAACAUUAUGACUUUCAAGCACCUGAUGAAGUGAGCCUGAGUAACCAUAUGGAUCCUGACCUAAAAAUUCAGUAUGUACCUGUUACCAAUACUCUGGCAACUAUUUUGAAAGAUCCUGUUGUGCAAAAAGAUGUUGAUGCAUCCUUUUUGAAGUGUUCCUCAAACUCAGAUGAAGUUUCUGACUACACUGAUGGAUCCCUUUUCAAGGAAGAAAACCAUGAGAAGAAAGAACUACACUUGUUUCUCUACAUUGACUCAUAUAAUCCUGUAAUGAAUGCACUCGGGUCUGCAAAAGACAAGUACAAAUCAUUGGUCAUGUACUUUACCUUAGGUAAUUUGAAAGAUGAAAAUAGAUCUAAAAUUGACUCCAAGCAUCUUGUGGUGAUGGUGAGAGAAUCUGUAUUCAAGGAAGUUGGAGCAAAGAAGUGUUUUAAAGACGCUCUUAAGGAACUUAAAUCACUUGAAACAGUUGGAACAACAUAUAAAGAUGAGAACAUAAAAGUGAAAGUGAUCUAUAUGCUUGGUGAUAAUUUAGGUCAGCACACAAUAGGAGGUUUCAUUGAGUGUUUCACUUCAAUUUAUUUCUGCCGUUUUUGUGACAUAGAGAAAGGUGUGUUUAAAGAAAAUCCAGAGCACACCAAUCCGCCAAGAAGUAAAGAAGAUUAUGAAAAUUGUGUCAGAGAAGCAAAAGUGACUGAAGAACCUUGUAAAGGUGUUAAGGGUGAUUGUGUUUUCAAUGAUCUUCAGAAUUUUCAUGCAGUGAGCCACCUCUGCCCAUGCAUUGCUCACGACCUUUUCGAAGGUGUGGUCUCCCGGGAUCUUUCUGGUAUCAUCAGAAGUUUUGUGAAGAAGAAAUGGUUCUCCUAUAAGUUGCUAAAUAAGAGAAUUAACAAGUUUCAGUGCCAAGGAAUUGAUGCGCCCAACAAACCAGCCAACGUGAGGUAUAAAGGAAAGUCAAAAUAUAAAAAGUUGGGUGGCCAUGCAGUCCAGAACUGGGCACUACUAAGACUUCUUCCUUUCAUUAUUGGAGAUAAAAUUAAAGACUUUGAAGACCCUGCCUGGAAGCUUUACCUUCAACUGAAGGAACUUUGUGAAUAUUUUUGUGGCCAUACGUUUUUAAAAUCUGAUGUGCCAUACAUCAAGGAUGUACUUGUACCUCUGUACUUUGAGCGACGAUCAGAGGUCCUGGAUGAAUCAAUGUAUCCCCUGAAGCCAAAGUAUCACUUCUCUUUUGGCCACUACUGUGAAUUGAUGCUCAGGUAUGGUCCCUUGAUACAAGUUUGGACUUUAGGAUUUGAGCAGAAGCACAAACUUUUCAAACAUGUAGUCAGGCUGAGCAGGAACUUCAUUAAUGUAGAAUACACCUGUGCAAUGCGUCACCAGUUGAAUCUAGCCUUCAAGGCAACUGGACCCCUUUUCCACGAAGGCUGCAUCGAAACAGAUGCUCAAAUAUUCUCCAUUGAUUCCUACCAAGGUGAACUGAAAACAUUUUUAAGUUCAAUGUCGAUCACUCAAGGAAGAUGCCGUUCAUGUAAAUCCAUCAAUGUAGAUGGUAUUUCAUACGAUAUUGGAUCCUUACUUCUUUUGAAAUCUAAUGGAAGAGAUAUUGAUUGUGGAAGAAUCAAAGUCAUACUGAGUACGGACAAUGAAGUACAGUUUGUGCUAAAUUGCAUAACAGCGACAUUCAACAACACAGUGGGAACAUACGAAAUACCCGAAGAUGCAUUAGGUGAACUAAAAUCCAUCCCAGCAAGAGGCCUGAAGUAUGCUCAACCUCAACCACUGUAUGAUUUUAAAGGCAAGUUAUCAUUUAAUGUUAAAGGAAAGGUAAUAUAG